AUGGGACGUACAGUAUUAGCUGAUGAAACUAUUCAAGAGUAUGUAGAGAAACAAAUCAAGAGUAGCCCAUGGAAUUUAGGUCUGAUUAUUGGACAGCUGACAGCUCACAAAGAUUAUGCUGUGCGUUUGGUUCGGACCCCAGAGCCAGUUGAAGAUGAAGUCAGUGAAGAGGAAGAAGAUAGUGAUACAACUACAAAAAAAAGGAGAUCAGAUCAUCGUCCAGAAAGUCUCUGUGAUGUCAAUGAGAAAUGGGCAGCUACUCAUGCUAAACAAGUGAUCCGAAUGUUACCGGGUGGUAUAGAUGUUAUUGGAGUAUUCGCUCUUGCUCCACCAAACAUGAUGCAGGCAUCACAAGUGAAACUCAGACAGAUAUUGUUUUCCAUACAUAAGACCCUUAUGAAGGGACAGAUAGUGUCUGAAGAAGGAGUUGUCACAGACAGAAUUCUACUUCAGAUUUGCUCAGCCACUAGAAAAUACACUUGUAGAAGCAUAGAUGUUGGUGAUCCAAAGAGUUCAUUUAGACCAGCUGAUUGGAAAAAUCAUUCAGGAGGAGACCACUGGAUUUGUCUUCAGUCUGAUAUUGCUAUUGAUCUGAGGAUCCCUGUACCUGUCAGGUCACAGAAUCUUACAUUUUUGAAACAGCUUCAGAGUGGGAUAACUCCUUACUGCCAAAGAUUGUGUGGAAGCAUAGCUCUCUUCAAUGGCAAACUGAGAGGACCAACAGAAAAUCUGGACCAAUCAGAGACAAAAAGUCGCAGUAAAGGUCGUGACAAGGGGCAGACAACCCAACAAGUACAAGAGAUAGAGUUUUGUAUAAAGCCAGGAGCAGAAACGGAAUCUGAGACAAAAGUUAUGGAGAAUGUUGCCAAAUUGGCUGUCCGUGGCUGUAUACAUAGCAGAGCAUAUGUGUAUGGAAAAGCAGAAGUCCAAGAUGGAAUAAAGGCACUGCAGAGAGAUGUGGUGAGGAGUCUGAUGGCACGAUGUGAACUUCUGUAUGAGGAUGUCAUUGAUGUAGUGGAAGAAGAGUCAGUGUUAAAGGAGCUGUAUAAUACACCUGUGCGGGUAUUUGGUAAACUUCCUGGAACUCAACUGGACUUUUGUGACUACAUGUUUCCAGACGAGAAAAUGAAGGAGGUUACUGAUCGAAUAGAAGAAUUGUUAGAUAUCAGUAUUACAGAAGAGAAACUUGACUUGUCCUGUGAACGGAUGGCUACUGAAGAGGAUAUGGCAACCACUGAAGAGAUUGAUUCAAAAUCAGGCGAUGAAGAUGUUAAGGGAGGUAACUUAGGCUUUAACAUUAGUACCAUACUUGGAGGUAUUGUGGCAGCAGCUCUAGCUGGAUUGUCAUACUACAUCCUAGGAGAAACAUGAUGAAUGAGAAACUAUAGGACUCUCUAUGACAAGAUUUUAUUCAAAUAUGGUAAUAUAUUUUAUUAACUCCAUAACUUGUGUUGAACAUGCAACAGCCGAUAUUUAAAUACAAAUAAAUUGCCACGCUUUUAAAGUGUGUUUAAAGCAUUUUUUUUUCUUAAUCAUACCAAGAAAAACACUAAGGACUAUUGACAUAUAGAAACAGAUAGAGAAUGUCAAAGGCCACCACAGAGAAACAAAUACAGAUUAUCAAAGGCCACCACAGAGAAACAAAUACGGAUUAUCAAAGGCCACCACAGAGAAACAAAUACGGAUUAUCUAAGGCCACCACAGAGAAACAAAUACGGAGUAUCUAAGGCCACCACAGAGAAACAAAUACGGAUUAUCUAAGGCCACCACAGAGAAACAAAUAAAGAGUAUCAAAGGCCACCACAGAGAAACAGAUACAGAGUAUCAAAGGCCACUACAGAGAAACAGAUACAGAUUAUCUAAGGCCACCACAGAGAAACAAAUACAGAUUAUCAAAGGCCACCACAAAGAAACAAAUACAGAUUAUCUAAGGCCACCAUGGAGAAACAAAUACGGAUUAUCAAAAGCCAUCACAAAGAAACAAAUAUGGAUUAUCUAAGGCCACCACAGAGGAACAAAUAUGGAUUAUUUAAGUCCACCAUGGAGAAACAAAUACAGGUUAUCAAAGGCCACCAAAGAGAAACAAAUACGGAUUAUCUAAGGCCACCAUGGAGAAACAAAUAUGGAUUAUCAAAGGCCAACAAAGAGAAACAAAUACAGAGUAUCUAAGGCCACCACAGAGAAACAAAUACGGAUUAUCUAAGGCCACCAUGGAGAAACAAAUACAGAGUAUCAAAGGCCACCAAAGAAACAAAUACGGAGUAUCUAAGGCCACCACAGAGAAACAAAUACAGAUUAUCUAAGGCCAUCAUGGAGAAACAAAUACGGAUUAUCAAAGGCCAACACAGAGAAACAAAUAGAGUAUGAAAGGCCACUAGUCAAAAUAAGUAAAAGUAUUAAAUAAAUACAAAGAGGUAAAAGAAUAUGUCCAUUUUUUAAAGAAUUAAUCUUGCUAUUCAUUUUGUAAAAAUGCAGUUGUGACAUCAGCUACCAGUCUCUAACCUUGAAAACAUUUUAUUUUUGAUAAUAUAACUGUAAAGUAAAGCAUAUUUUUUUG